AUGGUCGCCAGCUGCGGGCUCUUUCCUUCGCUCCUUCCUGAUUGCUCCCGCUACCCGCGUCUAUGGGUCAUUGACGCUGGUAUGUACGAGCCAUUCUAUCUCGCCUUCGAUGCCUACCCAACUGUUGUGCCGCGAGUGAAGGUGCGAGGCCUCAUGGCUCUGUUCCUAGCGGUCUCAAUCUUGUGGGCGCUGAUCUGGCUUUUGUAUCGAGCAUGGCAGGUCUGUCAAACUCCAAAUGAUGUUCUGGUAGAGAAGUUGGGUCUCGACAUUCCACCGCCCCCAGAGGUUACUUUGGAGGAAAUUACGGCGCGAGAGAUACGACUGGCUUGGAAACAGCCAGAGUUUCACAACUCAAUACACAAGCAUAUCAUCCAAGUGAACAAUGUGAAAGUUGGCGAGUCGAAGCGUGCCGAAACCGCAGUCGAAAUUUCGAACUUGGCCCCCGGCAGCAUAUACCACAUCUGUGUCCUUUCUGUCAGUGCAGCAAAUUUUCAGACUCCGAGCGCCAUUCUGCAUGUGCGUACCAAGUCGCUUCCACUUUCUCAAGGUCAACAAGAUGCAGCCAGCGGUGGCCCAGUUGUUCGGGCAUCUAUUCCCCGGUCAACAGUCGGCUUGCCAACUCCGUCCGCCCCCCUCAUGGCACGCGAGCUCAGCUCAGGCCAGGUACCUGGAAAACGUCCCUCCACGGGACGCAAAUCGUCACCUGCGACUGGCGCUGCUGAUCAUUCUUACGGUCAAGUAGAUGAUUCUCGACGCCAAGGCCAUCGCUCGAAUCGAGAUGAAAGCCUAGAACAACUUGCGGAGCGCCUCAAAUCGCUCCAGCAGGAGAACGACAACGUAGAAAAACAGGCAGCAGAAGAGGACGAGGAGCAUGCGCAGCAAUUGAAGGAACUCGAAAAACAGCGGGAUGACUUGAAGAAACGUGUGAAGGAAAAGGACGAGGCCAGUGGCGAUUUGAAGAAACACGUCUCGAAAUUGGAAAGUGUCAAUCGCACCGUGCAAAGCGAAAAGACAAAGCGGAUGAGACUCCUUCAACAGAAAGAGGCCGAGCGCGACAAGCGGAAGAGCGACAUCAUGCGGUGGCAGGAGAAGGUCGCUCGCAUGAAUUCAGAUGCUGCUCAGGUCAAGGAAGACAAGUCCCGGGUGGAGAAGGAAGGCAAAGCUCGACGAGAAGAGAUUCGCAAAAAGAUUGCGAAGGAACAAGCAGAUAUGAAGAUCAUCGACGACGAGAUUCAAGACAAGGGUGGUCGGAUCAAGAAACUCGAGGAUGAGAGGAAAGGGCUCCAAGACGGGGAGAGCGAGGACGGCAAAGAGCUGGAUCGAAUCGACAACGAACGAGCCAGACAGUGGGAGAUGAAGCUUAACAGUCUGCACGCACGAUAUGCCACCUUGGUCAAUCUACAUACGCAAGCCCAGCAGCAGUACCAAGAGGCCCAAGAGCGAUUGAAGUGGCUUACGAAUCAGCGUCCAAACAGCUCUGGUGUUUUCACAAUGCCUUCCCUGGACCUGGAUAUAAACAAUUCCGCGACAAUUCGUCCACGACGGCACCGGAGCUCCUUGAACAGCAACGUCUCCUCUCCUGUCAAUUUCCCGGGUAUUGAUACGGCCUUCCCUGGUGGUUUGGCAUACAAUCCUGCGUCAACAAACUCCCCCACGUUCCCACCAAGUUCUGCGUUCUUCAACAUCAACAAUGGCAUGACUCUUCCCGAUCUUUCCGAGCCGCCCGAAAUCAUGCGCUCAGACGGGGAAUUGACAUUCAACAACCCUCAAAUGAGCCCACGAGCCGAUGCUCUACUGCCAUCUGAUUUGCUGGGUGACGAGGAGUCUCCCGAAUUUCCGCGACCACUGACUCGACCGCUCUUCUCCGCCGUCGAAGACCCUCCUGCCUCGCGAGAUAAUUUCCACGUCAGGCCUGCCUCUCCUGCGUCUUCAGGAAGUAGGCCCGGUAGUGCUUUUGCCAGUCCGCUUGAGAGUUUGAACAGACAGGCUUCGGACCCGCAGGCUGUCGGUUUAUCUGCUGCAGCAGAGAGACCAAAGAGCGCUACUCGACGACUGUCAGGACUCUUCGGUUUUCAUAGGCCUAGGGGCAAGACGCUGGCCGAUGAGCCGCCUAUGCUGGGCACGUUGAAACCAGGCCAGAGCCAUUCAUUCCCCCGGAAUUUGGAAGAAAUGGACCCCAUCGGUUCGCGGCGACGGCGAUCGAGCUACACAGGAAAUUGGGCCAAUCCUAUGUCCCUGUUCCCUCGGAGCAACACCACCGGCGCUACUGCCGACAGUUCAUCUGACCAUCCACCAUCUCGACGUGCUGCAUUCACUAGUAUCUUCUCGUCUAGCAGGUUUGGAUUUGGCAGUGCUGCCAACAGAGGAAGUUCGGAUAUGAAUACGGGGUAUAACCAGUUCAGUCCUCGGCACGAUCCCAUUGAUCCCUCUUCAAUCCUUGGAAAUGUUCGUCGCGGCUCCCUUUCCCCUCGUCCUUCAUCGACAUUCUCUCAUGACAAUCAAAACCAGCUUCCCCACCCAUCUACUGACAAUCGUCAUUUUGGAUGGCCCUCAACUGAACAGCCUGGCCAUCGAAACAGCCCUUUGGGGCUAGACUGGGCUUCUCCUUCGACUUGGUCUCGGGGACCAACUCGUCGGCCGUCCCUCUCGUAUGGCUCCUCCGGGCAUCUGCCGCUUGGGCUCACUGGCGAACCUGAUUACCUGGAAGAAGCGUAUGAGCGACAGCUGCGACCACUUCAAGCACCGAUCGGAACUCGUCCAUCCUCGUCUCAUCGUCCAAUGACUCCCAAGCUCAAUCCCGCUGCGCCAACUUUCACGGCAGUGUUUAGUGGACAAAAAGACGGUCAGCAUGAAGAAGAUGAAAUCGACGCUCGUUUCGAUCUCCACGUCGGUGGCGAUGGGUCUCCGUCCGAAUCGCGCAUUUCGCGUGAGUCUCGCUCACUGUCUCAUUUCACAGCCGAAUCCUACGACUCCCUAGAACGCAUACCAUCCGGUGCAUCUGCUGAGAAUACCUCGAAAGAGUCUUUUAUCCGCAAGAUCACACGGAAAGGUAGCUCUAGCAAAUUCAGUUCGUGGAAAGAUCGCUCGGGGCUUUUCUCUAUGUCCAAAAAAGCCGAGUCCUCACAAGGUGAUAUUGACGAGGACCCUGCGAGUGAGGUACAGCUGGGUAGGAGCGUGGACAGCACAAUUUCGAGUGCUCCAUCCGCGGAUCGCUCAACAAGGAGCAGCCUGGGCUUUUUCUCACGCAAGUCACGCAAAUCUGACAAGGCGAGCGAGACAAGUGAACGCGCUAGUGAAGCUGGCGAUGAGGAUCCCUCACACGCAGAGAUUCCUCACGUUUGA